AUGGCCGCCUUCUGGCUCGUGGCGCCUGUUUUCUCCAUAAUAAACCCUAUUGAGGUCCACGGCCGCUACUUCAUUGAUUCAAUCACUCAGCAACCCUUCUUCAUCAAAGGAGUUGAUUACCAGCCUGGCGGUUCUUCAGCUACAGACCAAAAUUGGGAUCCACUAUCAGAUCCAAACACAUGUGCUCGAGAUAUUGCUCUUUUCCAGCAACUUGGCAUCAACACCAUUCGUAUCUACUCUGUUGAUCCUGACCUUAACCAUGAUGUGUGUAUGACGCUUCUUGCUCUGGCGGGAAUAUACCUUGUUCUUGACGUCAACUCGCCCCAGCCGGCUCGUCACCUUAACCGGUACGAGCCGUGGUCUACGUAUAACGCUGACUACUUGAAGAAUGUGUUUAAGGUGGUAGACCAGUUUGGCGGGUAUAACAACACCUUGGGUUUCUUUGCAGGUAACGAAAUCGUCAACGAUAAGGUAUCAGCGAAGAACUCACCAAGGUUCGUCAAGGCUAUGGUUCGUGAUAUCAAGCAGUAUAUUGAUGCCAACUUGGACCGUAAGAUCCCCGUGGGCUAUUCAGCAGCAGACGACUUGGACUACAGAAUCUCCAUGUCACAGUACUUGGAAUGUGUGGAUGAGUCUCCGUACGAUUCGGCUGACUUCUACGGGGUCAACUCGUACCAGUGGUGUGGCGACCAGACCUUCUAUUCCAGUCGCUACGAUGUAUUGGUUGAUGAUUAUUCAGAUUAUACUCGGCCUGUGUUCCUUUCUGAAUAUGGAUGCAACGAGGUGACGCCACGUAUGUUUUCUGAAGUUCAGGCUAUUUAUUCUGACGAUAUGGUGGGAGUGUUUAGUGGAGGUCUCGUGUAUGAGUUCACCCAGGAACCAAACAACUAUGGGCUUGUGGAGGUGUUGGAAAAUGGCGAUGUCCAGCUUUUAGAUGACUUCUUUUCCCUCAAAUACCAGCUUGAUCACCUUCCCGAGCCAAGUUACAGCGUCAUGACUCGGUAUCUUUAUGCCAAUGAGGUGCAAUUGAGAUCUAGCAAGAAGAAGCAACAACUGAUUCAACCUGCUUGUAAAGGUGAAUUCGUCAACCUUGCAGUUGAAGAAGGCCUUCCUUUCUGUCCUGGUGAGAAACUCAUUGACGACGGAGUACCUGUGGAAAAGGGGAAAUUCAUCAAACUCAGAAACUCCCAGUUGCAAUCUUCUCAUAGGGUUUUUGGCACUUCAGGGAAGAUGUACUUGGAAACGCCAACUGUAGAAGUUUUGGAAGACACCUCAUCUGGUCCUCAAACAGGUGGUGGACGAAGAUCCAAGCAGUAUCCCAACGGCGGUAUGUAUUUCAGACUUUUUCCGGGAACCUCAAGCGGUCGACACAGUCUUGUUUGGGGUCACAUAACAUGA